AAUCACAGAAGCACCAGGCUGAACGAAGGAAGUGCCACCAAUUCCCCCUGUCCAAGAAGCCAACAUCAAGGUUGUCAUCCAGCUCCUGAAGCAAGAAAUCUGAGCUAUUAUAGAAGUCCUACUGGACAAGGAGGAAGAUGGGGAAAAUCAUCGUUUAUGAGCAUGCCCACUUCCAGGGUUAUUCCAAAGAAUUCACCAGUGACAUUGCCAAUCUAAAAGAUGUAGAUUGGAAUGAUUGUAUCUCUUCAGUGAGAGUAAUUGGCCAGCCUUGGGUGGCUUAUGAGCACGCCAAUUAUACAGGCCAGUUAGUGGUAUUUGAGGAGGGAGAACAUAAUUUUGUUGGGCAUAAGAUGAAUGAUAAGAUCACUUCUCUGCAGAUGAUCACUGAAAAUCUGCACAAUCCCCAGAUCACUCUCUAUGAACAUGUCAAUUAUCAAGGGAAGCGCAGGGUGAUAACAGAAGCAACCAAUCUAAGUAGGGGACAUGAUAAUGACAUCGUGUCUUCUCACAAAGUGCAGAGAGGUGUCUGGCUGCUGUGUGAACACGGCGAUGGGAGUGGUUUUCGUUACAUUGCGCGAGAAAACGAACACCUUCCAAGUUAUGGGAUCAUCGAUUUCAACGACAAGCUUUCAUUCCUGCGUCCCCUUCUCCCCGGCAGGAGCUAUUAGACUGCAAAUCCUGCAGUGCUAAGGGAAGCAGCAGCAUCAGCAAGAAAUCCGAGACCUAGGCCUCUGUCUAUGUUUGUAUUGCUGGUUGUAGAGCUUUCACAC